GUGCUCGCUGACGUCAAUUCGACGCUACGUUUGCCAACGUUCAGUGCACCGUUCAGAAAUCCUGGAAGCUACUUACGAUGAAGCGACUUUAAGACAAGUUCCAAAACACUUACACUCUGCGGGUGUCGGAGAGUUUACGGAGGAAAUGUACCAAAGCGCACUUGUUGCCGGCAAGAGGCGGGAGAAAAAAGGUUUCAUGACUAUUGGCAUUCCGACUGCGUCCAGACCAAAUGGUACCCAAUACAUUCAACUGACCCUAGACUCGCUGAUAAAUAACACCGACGUAAACGAACGUCAGAGCGUCACCAUUGUCGUCUUGUUGGCGGACCGAGAGAUAACGUCGCGAGAAGCGAUCAACGUUCAGCUGCUUCAUAAAUACCGAAAGCAUUUCCAGUCAGGUCUACUUCAAACUAUCGAAGCACCGGACAGUUUUUAUCCAACUUUGUAUCCGACCCCACCCGAUUAUCUAGAAAUGACGUACAACCACAGCGUUUCCCGCGUCAGGUGGCGCUCAAAGCAGAACUUAGACUUUGCCUUCUUGAUGACGUACAGCGAGCGUAUAUCCGCAUACUACCUUCAACUGGAGGAUGACGUUAUUACAGUGCCUGGUUACGUCACAGCUAUCAGAAGAUUCAUGGGAAAGGUUCCCGAAUGGGUGUGCCUGGAAUUCUCAGAGAUCGGAUUCAUUGGAAAGUUUUACCGUUCUCCAGACGUUGCGAAGCUAGCCAAAUUUCUUACCUUAUUCUACAGCGAGCAACCAAAUGACGUCCUCUAUCUUCAUUUCAAUGAAAUUAAUCUACAGUUUAAACGAUAUGUGUCUCGACCGACAAUAUUCCAGCACGAAGGUAUACAGUCGUCUCUGUUAGGCAGACGACAAGAAAUGGUGGAUAUCAAUUUCCAGUUGUGGAAUCGUCCGUCUUUGCCAGUGCACAAGCGACAAAAGUGGGGGAUAUCGGGUCCAGAACGAACAGAGUGGGAGGCCAGAAUUAGACGAAUCCAAAAGUCGUUCUGUGACAUCAAACUCUGAUUGUACAAACUUUGAACCUCAGUUUGAUGACCAUAAAACUGGACUAAUACAUACCCGUAUAUAAACAUAAUUCUACUUUACCACUCCCUCUUCUUUUACCGAAAAGUAGUUGAUUAAUUGAUUGAUUGAUUAAUUAUUUCUGAAUUGAAAGAUGGCAGCACCAGAGUUAAUAUCAUAAAUUGCCACAAUACAGGCACAAUACCCUAAAGGUAUUAAAGCCAAGCAGUAUAAAUAACCUAAAA